AUGUACGGUCGCCGGCAGUAAGUAAGUACUUUCAAGAAAAGCGUAUCAUCGCGCACCAAAUGAAUUGCAUCUGUGGCAAACCAGUGCAUUUCAAAACCUUUCGUAAGCCAAUUGAUGGUGUGGCAUUUCGCUAACCCAAAUGCCGAAAACCGAAAUCCAUAAGCAAUCGAUCUAUCGGCAAUACUAAGAAUUAUACAAGACUUCGUUUGGGACACGCCGAUGGCAGAAUGUGCAGGUAACAUAGGCAUAUCGCGUACAACAGGAGUCUUAUGAUACGCCGUGUGCAGAAAUGUGUGCUCCAAUGGCUUUCGACGAGGAAUUACCCAAGUAGGUAGUGAGAGCGUAGAGGUCCAGAUGAAAGAAACUUUGGUUAGGCAAAGAAAAUAAAACGUCUGACGCUGAAAAUGGCAGGGCUAUUUGAUCGCUCUUUACAAUACUGACCGUAAAAGAGCCGGUUUUGAGCAAGUUGAUAACAGGAGUGCGGCUUCACUCACUAAAAUCAUCAGGAAAUGGGUUGUACCUGGAUGAGUUAAAGGUUGAUGUCGUGCCAAUUGAAAUCCCUGCAGCCCUCCAUUUUUAUUGUUUAAAAUCCUGGUUGAGUGUUUGUUGUGGAGCAGAGGGUGUGGUGGUACACCAAGGUGUGGGUUUUCUCCCUGUCAUCCACCUGUGGCCCCUCCCACCUCCGGCCUUCUUGAUUUUGCCAUGACACCUGGUUCAGGUGGGGAAGAAAAUACAGUGCGGUAAAUUCUGCACAUGUCUAAUAUUAUUAUAAACUAGUGAACGCGCAAUUCAUCGUUCCUGCUCUCACCUUGUUGCAGAGUGCACAGUGGGCACCGUCGAAAUUGACGGUCGAGCGGUCACCUCAGCAUAUGUGACGUCAUAUGGCCGGGUACCUCCGUCCCUGUACUGUCGUGCAACAGCCAUUUAACCGCGCCGAUGAACCAUGAGCGACCGUACUGCUGCCGCGUUGAUCCCCGCCACGAUACCGCGCCCAUCCCUGUAGUUUUUCACCACUGUCACGAUGAACAUAAGAUUUUAUGUGAGAAUAUGCAUCACUCGAUCGUGCGUUAUUUGUCGUUAGUGUCGUAAAAUAUAAAAUGUGAUUAUAUAAAUAUGCAUUAGUAUUCCGGUGUGCGUCGAAUGUUGUGCAUCUUGUUGGGGAUGUGGAAGUAUCCAGUCAGGGGACACACCCUGCAGGAUGUAGUAGGUCGUAUCAUGUACAUCGACCAUGGAUUGGCUGCUUCGAAUAGCCUUUAACUGGCACCCAAAUAUCGUCUGCUGUUCACCGAAACUAAGCUCGGCCCAACGGCUACGUCCCGACAACCGCAUCGACCGGUAGACAAAACCAGAUGAGGGUAUUCGGUGUUGCGUGCGUCCAAACACGACAAAUCUACCCUCUUCAUCCCACUUUCAAAAAGUCCUACGGGAGGGCUACAUGAAAUCCCACGGACGGCCCAGGAUAACUCAAGUCGCCCACCUGCCCAACAGAAUCGUGAUCCACAGUGGGGUUCGACGGCGUCUAGGAUGACUUGUCGCGAACGCGAAGGACACGAUUACCAAUCCCAGACUAUGGAUAUCAGGCCAAGACGGGAGUUAUGCAAGAAUUAAUAAUUAAAUGUUAAACGACCCAAUAGUCCAACACAUGCCACGCGCGUCGCGUUGAGCCGAGUUCCUUCCAUUCGUAUAAACAAACAGUAACUUCAGGAAUGAUGAACAGGUAGAUAAAUGCAAGAUAGCCUCGCGCCUCGGCACAGACUAAGCAGUCUCAUUUAGGGGUAGCACGGUUUAGCACCUCGAGUGGGAAGGGGCUAGAAAAGGUACUCUAAACAAAUGCUGGAUCACGUCAUCUGCAUGCUGACCAUGUCUCGCAGAUGUACAGGUAACGAUCUAAACAAUCAAACGAACAACAACCGUCGUUAUCAUCUCCCCAGUUUCCUUCCACAGGCCACUAGGGUGAAGUCGUCCACUUAGGCAGCCUGGAAUGUUCUUUCCCGUUUCAGACUACCCACGGGGAAUCGACCAAAAAGGACGGCACUGAUCAGUCGAGAACUGGCGCACUACAAGGUGGACAUCGUUGAUCUCGGCGAGAGCCUAUUCUCCGAACAAGGCCAGUCGAAGGUGGGUGCCGGCUACACCUUCUGGAGCGCCUGCACAAAGGCAGAACAACGUGAUGCUAACGUCGUCCUCGCCAUCCGGAGCUACUGCCUGUUAAAUUUGUCUGGUCACUGCCAUGACUUCAGCUACCAAUUGGCCCAACAUCUGGAAGACCUGCAGGCUCUGCACGACAACUUCACCGUGGAGACAGUAGUGGCAACUGUGGAAGGCUAUCGACUCCGCUCCGCUGAAGUCCUCGGGCGCACAUGUUGUCAACACCAGGACUGGUUCGACGAAGACGACGCGGACAUCAGUAAUCUACGUGCCAAGAAAAGUAGACUUCAUAAAGUCUACAUCAACUGGAAGCCCGCGUAAAUAAAGCUGCCUUCUUUUACUGUCGACGCCCAGUACGACAGCGACUGCGCGAGAUGCAAGACGCCGGGAUGGUUUGCAAGACUGAGGAAAUACAGUGUCACACGGACCGUAACGAUAUGAAGAAUUUUUACGUCACCAUCAAGGAAUUCUACGAUCUCCGCGCCAAAGAAACCGCGCCGCUGCUCGGCUCCGAGAGAACAACAUUCCUCACGGAGAAGUCGCAGAUGCUGAAGGGCUAG